AUGCAGCUCAUCUCAGUCCUCGCCUCAGCGGCAGCCCUCAUCGCACCAAGCCUCGCCGCUGCCCUCCCAGAGACAUUCGCAGCACCAUCCGGCCUGCCAGAAGGCUACCAAUGGUCAGUUGAGAACUGGCACGCAGGCUGCGCCCGAUCCGGCUGCAGCUACGACUUCAACGUGACCGGUACCAUUACCCCACCAUACCCAGGCUUCAAAGCCUACUGCAGCGGCUCCGACACAGGCUACUACGCCAACUGCGAGAUUCUCGAGGGCGUUUCUACCUCUGGCAUACCAUUCGUUGCUGCCAGCUUGAGGCCGAAUUUCCAGAAUGGCAUUGCGACUAUGAGUGUUAGUUUAAGCUUUACUGAUGCGGAUUCGCUCAUUACCUACAACAUCUCCGGCUGGCACGACGCUUCUUACAAUGCUUUUGUGGCACCACUUGAGCAGUUCAACAUCACCGAGCCCUUCCAGGUUACCCAGGUAGCUUGA